UCCAUUCAUUUAAUAAUCUUCGGAUUAUUUUUAAAUACUUGUAAUAUUUACAAAUUGUAAUAAAAUCUCGCAAAUUCAUAAUGUUUCGACCGAUUUCUUCGGUCGGUAGACAAAUAUCAUUUGAGAGUUAUAAAAAGCAAAUUGUUCGAAAUAAAGUGGUUCGUCCGGCGACAAUUUUGAAACCGGCUGAAAAAAUAAAAUUAUAUCACAAAGAAAAUAAAGAACUAUUCGGCCCUUUAUUGGAAACGAACAAACAAAGGAAACAGCGGCAGAAAAGUGAUAUUAAUAGCAAUUCUAAAAAUAAAAUUUCACAUCAAAACAACGACGCGACUACUACAAAUACAAAGUGUGUAGUAUCUGUGGAGAAUGCAGUGGACAAAGCCAAUUUUUUAGUUGCUAAAAAAUCUAAUCCGGCCGGUUUUGUUGAAGCUUUUAAAAAUAAAAUGUUUCAAAAUUCGAAAUGUUCUCUGAACUUUGCUGGGCUCUUGUUGAAUAAUACUGUUGUGCGAGGGAUUAAAACAUUUGCAUCAGCUCAUGCGGCCAGUUCUCCAGCUCAACCUGGAUAUGCGAGUGACGAUGGAAUUCUUCAAAUCAAGCCCCAUAAGAAUGACUUUGCCAAACAGUAUCCCUCCGUUACUCUGAUAUUGAAUAAAACAAUGACUGAAGAAUCUAGAACAGCUCUAGAAAAAUGGAAGCAGGAGAGAAUAGCGGAAAUGGGAUUAGAUGCAUUCAACAAAUUUUAUGAAGCUCAAAUGGCAGUUGGUACCAAAUUCCAUAGUACCCUCAAGAACUACUUCACACAGCCACAAGCACAGCUUCGUAUUGACAAGGAAGUGGAAGGAGUGUGGGUCUCAGUAUCAGAAUUACUCAAAAGUAUAUCAUCACCUAAAGCAAUAGAGUCCAAUGUUGUCCAUCCAGUGUUGAAGUAUAGAGGCAUAUUUGAUGCUAUUGCAGAUUAUGAAGACAAACCAACGCUGAUCGAAUGGAAGAAAUCUGAUAAACCACGCAAAUCAAUAUCACUGACCUACGACAACCCUGUACAACUUGCAGCCUACUUCGGAGCAGUGUGCAACGAUCUGAACUACAAACAUUUGAAUGUACGAGAUGCACUACUGGUUAUAGCGUACACAGACGGUUCCAAAGCAGAUGCGUAUCACCUGCCAACGGAUAAGUUGAGGGAACAUUGGGCGCAGUGGUUAAUAAGACUAGACCCCCUCAUAAAUAAACAUGGUAAUGCCGAGGAGAAAAUUUUGAAAGGCGGUAAGCGGCUGUUCGAAGAGGAUAUUGAAAAUCUCCAGUAAUUAUAUAGGAAAGUGAAUCAUGAACGUCGAGCAGACUGAAACGAGAACAAAUCGCA